AUGACAGAACGUCUCAAGUCCAUCGUUGCGCAGAUGUCGCCCUCGACGAGCGGUCUGUCCACCAUCACCACCAAAAACCCCGACGACGUAGUCAUCACCCUCGCCAUCCGCACACCCCUCACAAAAGCCGGCAAGGGUGGCUUCAAGGACACGAAGCUCGACGGCCUCCUUGUCAAGACGCUCAAGCAGGUUGUCGCGCAGUCGAAGCUCGAUCCUGCCGUCGUCGAAGACAUCUGCUGCGGCAAUGUCUCGGAUGCAAAGGCUGCCUACUACGUUCGCGCCGCCAUGCUCGCCGCUGGCUUCCCCAACACCACCGCCGGCUCCUCGCUUAACCGCUUCUGCUCGUCCGGCUUGAAGGCAGUACAGGAUAUUGCCAACCAGAUCGCCGUCGGCGCCAUCGAGUGCGGUGUCGCCAUGGGCGCGGAAAGCAUGACAAGCGGAGGCGACAGGCUCGAGCGUCCCUUUGUCGAUGAGAUUCUGCAGAACCCUGAGGCGUGUGACUGCAUGCAGCCCAUGGGCCAGACUUCUGAGAACGUCGGCAACGACUUCAACAUCUCCCGCGAACGCCAGGACAGGUACGCCGCAGAGUCAUACAGGCGCGCCGAGGUUGCGCAGAAGGCAGGCUGGUUCGAUGACGAGAUUGCGCCCAUCAAGACCACCAUCAAAGACCCCAAGACCGGCGAGGAGAAGGAGAUCACACUUACAAAGGACGAGGGCAUUCGUUACGGCACAACGUUCGAGUCGCUGCAAAAGGUCAAGCCCGCCUUCCUGCCCCAUGGCGACAAGUCCCACGCCGGCAACUCCUCACAAUUGACCGACGGCGCCGCCGCGGUCAUCUUGAUGAAGCGCAGCAAAGCCGAAGCGCUUGGUCAGCCUAUCCUCGCCAAGUACGUCGGUGCCACCGUUGCCGGUUUGCCCCCCAGGAUCAUGGGUAUCGGCCCUUCUGUCGCCAUUCCCAAGCUUCUCUCCCAGUUCAAGCUCUCGCUUGACGACGUUGACCUCAUCGAGCUCAACGAGGCUUUUGCCAGUAUGGCAGUGUACUGUCUGGAGACGCUGAAGAUCGACCACAACAAGCUGAACGUCAGGGGAGGCGCCAUCGCGCUGGGUCACCCUCUCGGCUGCACAGGUGCCAGGCAGAUCGUCACAGGGCUGAGCGAGUGCAGGAGGCAGAAGAAGAAGGUUCUGCUUACCAGCAUGUGCAUUGGCACAGGCAUGGGCAUGGCCGGGUUGUUCGUCAACGAGCAGUUGUAG